AUGGUCAUCUACGUCACUGUGACGACCUCACGAUUGGUCCUGGCACUCGUCGCUAUGCUGGUGGCCGCGUUUAUGGUCAAUAUACUGCGAGGUCUCAUUACUCGAAUCGCCAAGCGCACGACAUUACGCAAUGUACGCGGUCCAGAGAGCCAGUCCUUUCUGUCUGGCAAUCUGCAAGAUCUGUACGGGGAGGACGGCCUACAUCACCUCGAGGCCUUGUCUGAAUACGGAGGAGUCGCCAAAGUCCAUGGGCUACUAGGGGAUGUUCUUUUAGCUAUUUCUGAUCCCUAUGCUCUUGCGCAUAUACUCGUCAAGAACCCCCAAAAGUAUCCAGCUGUGGACAUAUCUGGAACACUCGACAUGCACAUGUACUUCACGGGCCCAGGCUUGAUUUCAAGCAAUGGCCCCGAACACCGUCGUCAGCGCAAGCUUCUCAACCCCGCAUUCUCUCUCACGCAUAUACGACGGCUUACACCUCUCAUAUACGGCGUAGCAUGUCAACUACGAGAGUCCAUCGCUCGAUAUGUCACUGAACAUAAGCCAGCAAACGGCCGCGUGUGUCACAUAAACUUGGCCGACUUCUUAGGGCGCGCUGCACUCGAAGUCGUCACGCAAGCGGGCUUCGGUCAUACUUUUCGUGCUCUUGCAGAUGAAGGCGCAGGGGACAAGUGUGCCCGUGCAUUCAAGGAUUUCACCCCCACUGUCUCCAAACUCGGUCCAGCCAUCCCGUUAUUUGCCAUCAGCGGUGCUCUCCGUUUACCGCCUCGUUUGCUCCGUCUGCUGGGGAUCGCGAUGUCCCUUGUAUCUCCUGAUCUUCGCCAUCUAAUGCAUAUCAUCGACGUCAUACACGACGAAAUACGCUCAGCCUGGGAAACACACAAAGUCACCCGUACAAGUAGCAAAGAGAGGAAAGACCUACUACUUGGAGCAUUGCUUGAUGCCAACGAGGACGGAAGCGUGUCCGACCGAGAGCUGACGGCUCAGGCAAUUACACUGAUGUUUGCAGGGACUGAGACGACAAGUACAGCACUUUGCCGCAUUCUGUACUCACUUGCGAUGCAUCCGUCCGUGCAAGCUAAACUUCGCGAGGAAAUCUUGCAAGCCCUCGCCUCCGCGGAAGGACAUGGAGAUGGAGUUGGGUUACAAUAUGAGGCUCUGAUGGCCCUGCCCUUUCUCGAUGCGGUCUGUAAAGAGACUCUUCGCGUAUUCCCGCCCGCUCCGUACCGCCGCCGCAGGUGCAUCGAGGGCGACCUACUCCCUCUCAGCGAUGGGAGGGUGUUGUACAUACCUGCCGGCGCUGAGAUUCUAACCAAUAUCCACGGUAUCAAUACUGACAUCAAGAUAUGGGGACCGGACGCCAAGAUCUGGAGGCCCGGACGUUGGAUGAAGCCAUUGCCGCAGUCUGUAAGCGAGUCUAAUGUCCCCGGCGUGUAUUCCAACCUGCUGACAUUCCUGGCGGGCCCGAAAGCUUGCAUAGGGGUCAACUUCGCACUCCUUGAGAUGAAAACUGUCCUUGCAACUGUCCUUCCCACUUUCACUUUCACGUUGCCGACGGAUUGCGAUAUCGAAUGGCGAUUUGGAGAGGCCAUCACCCCGAGCGUUAAGGGCGAGAACGGAUUCAAUCCACGCAUGCCGUUAGGUGUGAAGUAUCAUGUAGAGUGA